AUGAAAGGAAGAAAGUUCUGUAGUUACCUUCAUAGUUCCAGUUUUAGGAUGGAAAAGUUUGGUACCUUUUUAAGAAUAGAACUAAAAUCUCUUAGCACGCAGAGUGGUUCCUUUGGUAGCGAUAAAAGGAUAUACAACUUUGGCUUCAAAAAAGUAACGGAAGAAAUAAAAUCAAAACUUGUUUAUAACUUAUUUAGCCAUGUGUGCAACAAAUAUGAUUUAAUGAACGAUUUGAUGAGUCUACGAUUGCACCGUUGUUGGAAAAACCAACUAGUGAAAGAGCUAGAUUUAUUUUUAAAAUAUCAUAGUUACAAAGCACAAGAACAAUUUUACAAAAACGAAGAAAAUACUUUACAUGCAAAUGAAAAGAGGGAAACUAAAACGAAUAGUUCAAACAUAUUCAGUUAUUCAAAAGGAGAAAUAGAAAAUUCACAUGAAAACAAAACUGAACACUGUUCUCAUGAUUAUGAAAGUGUACGUCAAAAUGAAGCUACAAAAGAAGAGGGAAAAAAUUUCGCCAAUUUUUCCACCUCCAGAAUAUUAGAUCUUGCUGGGGGCACAGGAGAUAUUGCAUUUCGGAUAUUGGAAAAGUAUGAAUAUUAUUUGGGGAAGACUAACUACCGAGCUGAUUUCAUUAAUACUUCUAAGCCACCCUUUGUUGACACUUGCAGAACACAUUUUGAUAGUGGUGAACAAUACAUGUCAGACGAAUUUUACCAGAAGUUUUUCCCUGAAAUAAUUAUCUGUGAUGUGAAUAAAGAUAUGAUCGAGGUGGGUAAGAAACGAGCAAAAGAAAGGAAUUAUGAGAAAAACAUAACUUGGAUAAUUGAAAAUGCAGAGAAUUUAAAAUCCAUUGAAGACAAUUCAAUAGAUAUAGUUACACUAUCAUUUGGUAUACGAAAUUUUACUAACAUCCCUAAAGCUUUAAAUGAAAUAUAUCGUAUAUUAAAACCAGGUGGAAGAUUCUUAUGCUUAGAAUUUUGUAGAGUUAACUGUACCCUUUUAAAACCAUUUUACAAUAUAUAUUUAAUGAAUAUUAUUCCCCUUCUUGGGAAAAUAAUAACAAAUAGUGAAGAUUCAUAUAAGUACUUGGCUGAGAGUAUUCAAACCUUUUUAACCCCUGAUGAAUUGUCGCAGUUAAUACAUCAGAGUUCUUUCAGAAAUAUUUCCUAUUCGACGAUGACUAUGGGAAUUGUUGCUAUUCAUUCUGCAUACAAGAUUGGUUAA